AGGACUGAAACCCCAAAAACAAGCCGGUUAAAGUGGGUCAUCCCGAUGAACAGUACACACGUUUCUGUUUCGUGUACCAGUCACCGAGUUAGGAGGCGGUCACGGUCACGAACAUGCUAAAGACGAAUAUUAUGACCACCGAGGGACCUUGGACGAUGAUCUCACAGGCAAUAAUAGAUUGUUUCAGGUUGUGUUGCGAUUUAUCAACUAGGUGGCGAUCAAUCAGGUUGCAACUGUUCGGUCGAGGUCGCGAACCUUGAACGAUAUUAACGUUCAAGGUGGAGGUAGAUUAAAGAUGUCUAUUAAGCUUGUGUUUAGUAGGUUUGUUUGAACUUUUUAGUAUAAACGAAAGAGCAUGAACUGUAACUUAGGCGAAUGCGUGAUGAAUCUGUUGUCUCUUAAAGCGCUUGGUGCUUGUGUUCUGUUAGUCUAGGGGAUGUAUUUUAGUCAAUGUUUCCUAUGAAGUGGAAAUCUGUUUCUGUCCAAUCCUGUAACUGUCGAACUGUCAUGGACAUACAUGGUAUCAGCAUACAUGGUCAAGGGAUGCCAAUUAACCUCUCGACGCGGUUCGAGUUGUAAACCUUAUAAUAUGUAGUGUGGAAAAUUCCAAUUUUCCAAACAAUAGCAGAUGUGCCGUCUAUACUGCAAACUGAGGACCACCCAAAACCCUGAACAGAUUGUUAAAUCUAUUUGAGUUCCAUGCUUUUAUCCACCCACGCAUUAAUAAAGAUGACGGUUCAUUUGCUUCCGACUCUUCCUGCUCUAGUUUGUUAACACCACAAAGCAAUUCUAAUUAUAAAAGAAUAUUAUUAAAUCUCUUUUAUGCCGAUGCUUCUUAAAGGGUUUGUAAGUUUUAAUUAUAGUUUAUUUAUUAGAAAAUGAGAUUUUAUAAUGAAGAUUUAUAAUUUUUUAUGAUUGAUCAAUUUGUGGUUCAUGAGAAGAUUUAUAACAGGGAUGGUACAAAAAUAGAAGUACGUUUGGGUCAAUUUGGUGAAAAUAAUAUAUGGAGUGUCUAAAAGUGAUUUUUAAUCACUUUCAGUAUUUCCUUACAAAUUUAAGUUUACUAUAGAAGAUUGCCACUGAAGUAGAGAAAAGAAGAUAUAUUAUUUAAUUCCAAAGAAGUGCUAUAAUCUUCAUCAGUAAUAUGUCGUUUAAUAAAUCUACUAAUAAAAAAUAAUUAAGUAAAAAAUACAAGAACAGAUGAUAAAUUACAAAUAUUUAAUCAUCGUAUUAUAAUUAAUAUUUGAUGCUACUAUAAAAUAUUUAGUCACAAAUGUUCUCCAGAAAAGAUGUCCCUGAUGGGUCGGCGGAUGUUCCUCGAGGCACCAGUUCCGUUUCGUCUGUGACAACGAAAGCUUGCUCGAAAGUGCGAGUAACAAAAUGCUAAUGCCAAAUACAGCGAUCGAGAUUGUGGCACAACCUCGACAAAAGCUGCUGGAAUGCUACGGGAAGAGCACGAGAAAGAGGAAAAGAGAGAGAGGACGAGAGAACCCGUUACGCGUAGGAACGCGAUUCCGCUUGAUGAAAGAUGUAGCAACCUGUUCCUGUUUAUCAUUCUAUUGUGCUGAUGAUUUUCUCCACGGUCAGAGGAUCCGUUAAUUACUGGCCAGAAGCUCAAUGUAUUGUCGACGAUGAACGACUUUGAUUUUCAUUUUGCAAAUAAUUCCUGGCAGUGUCGUCCUAAAUUUCCGGGUCUGACUCGUGGACCCUUCCUUGACAAUUACUGUAAAUUACAAAUUAUUAUCAAUCGCUCUGAAGUGAAUUAUUGAAUUAUUUAAUUAAAAAUACGUCAUUUAGAUGCAAGAUGGAAAGUUGAAUUUCUUUCUGGCAAUUGUGAAAAUGAUUCGAAUUUUGAGAUUUUAAAUGGAUUAAAAUUUAUUACCCAAUGAAAAAGAAAUAAUUCUAAGUUGAAGUUUGUAGAUGCAGGUAUAUGCAACUGAACGGUUAAUUAAUUAAUUUGCAUUUGUUCGCAUUGUUCUUGUUUGGCGAAGGUGAUGCAGACAUCGGUGACGCGUUUACAGUAAUUUCGGUGAUGGUAUGACGCGACAAAUCCGGAGGGGGCGUAUCAUGAACUGUACGUGUAUCCCGCAUGCACGUUUCACUACCGUGUCCAGAUAUAUUAAAUGUGGGACACAAGGGACGGAACUGUUUUCCGGCCUUUUACUUUACCAUCCGUCAUACAGACAGUUCAGAAAACUAGCAAGCAUCGUGGAUUUGAAGUUUCAUAAAUAUGUAUAAUAAUGGAGUACUAGAAAAACAGAAACCGAGCAUGUUUUUAAACGCUUACAACAUUCAUUUCUCUAAUUUGUAUAAGAAAAUGUAGAAUUUCAAUUUACGUAAUUGGAUCUUUAGAGAUACUAUGUAUAGAAUAUGAAAUCUAAUUUGAUACUCUAACUUUCUACAAGUAUAAUAAUAUUUUCAUUAAUAAUAGCCAUAAGACUGCUAUAAAUAAGAAUCGUAGAGCCAUAAUAUAUAAAUACAUGUAUUAUAUUAAUAAAUACUACAUGUAAAUACUAAAUAUAAAUAAGAAAAGCAAGCCAUGACCAACUUUUACCUGUCGCACGUAUUCUAUAAUUAAAGUAUGCGAAGAACAAUGCGAUUCGGUCCAUGGAUACUAAUGGUCACAUUGACCUGCGUGACGGGCACCUUGUCGGAGUAUUUGAUGGGAGGCCAUAUGGACAACAGUCCGCCAAAGUCCUUACUGGAGGAGAUGGAAUCUUCUCCAAGUUUGGCAAGGACGGCGCAGCUGGGUGACCUUGACCUGGAUCUCGAUGCAGAGGAGAGCACCGCUGCGCUGUCGACGUCGGACGACGAAGAAGCGCCGCGUUAUCAUCUUCCGUAUCCUUUCGCCUUCAACGGUGGCAGACCAUUUUCGCUCGAGAAGGAUCCUAUCACCGGUAAAAUUGACUUCGAGAAGGCGCCGCCAGUCAAAGCCCUCAACUUCAGCACUCGUUAUCAAGAAAACGUAAACGAAGAUGAAAAGGUGAACAACAAGGACUUAGUGAGGGAGAACGAAUCUUAUUUAACGAAAAAGAAGAUGGAAAACAACAAAGAGACCGAUGAUGUUAGUCCAAACGAGAUUAAUCCUUAUUCACCUAAUUUUCAUGAUUUUCUUAAUCUUCCUGUUCAUUAUUCUUCCGACAAGUACGGCAAGGACAAAUAUCCAUUGAUAUCAAGUUCCUAUGCAAAUACAAAAGUUCAGAGUGGAUCAAAUAGUUAUAGUACUUAUAAUCACAAGCCUUAUCAUGGAGAAACUGUAAUGUAUUAUCCUACCAGAAAACCGUAUAUGCCUAAGACAACUUCGACUACAACAAUGAGAACGACUCCUAAACUAACCCCGUCGACUACAUCUAGAGCUACCACCACUUCUACGACUUCUAGACCCACGACAACAUCGACGACGACGACGACGACGAUGACGACGACUAGUACUACUACUUCUACUACGACAUCUAGUCCUCUACCACCUACUAUUGUUUCCACUUCGACGAAAGCACCUGUUGUAACAACCUGGAAGCCUCCUGCCUCCACUCCCAAACGAUUUACUGAUCAUCUGGACGAUUACGAUGAUAUUCUUCCAAUAGAGAAACUUCAAUCCUCUGUGUACAGUAAUGGUCAUCAAGGACCAAAUAAUAUAGUGCAGCACAAUCGAGAUCCUCAGACGAUGCCUCCUAUAAACCAUGAAGAGUAUAUAGAUAGUUACGAGGAUUAUGAAAUUGGAGAUGGAGAGGAUGCGAAGGAUUAUGUCUCGAUGAAAGAGACGACCAAUGAAAUUGUAAAAGCUAGCACAGUGCCUAGCACAACGUCGACUGUUCAUAAUAUAACCACAACUGUUGGAACUCCAGAGACCACUCCCGCAACCACUACGACAAGUACGCCAGUUCCAUCAUCGUCUGCAAUAUAUUCUUCACCAGUGUCUCAAGAAAGUAUCUUCCACAGUAACUCGCUACCGUUCCAAGCUCUUCCUUCGCGUCUAGUAACGUCUAUGCCCUUGGACAACGAACACAGAGUGCCAUCAGCGUUUGAAAAAGAUAAUCGAAAACAUGGUAUUGCGGAUAAUAUUAUUAUGAACCAGAGAUAUCGUCCAAACGCAGUUAUUAAUCAGAGACCAACUGGAUUAGGUGGAGGAAUUCUGGUAGAGAGCACUAGCAAUAUAGUGAUACCACCUGAUCAGGAUACAGUAUCCUUUGUCCUUGGAAACAGACAAAACGUCGAAGGUGGAUAUUAUUCACUAGGCACUGCAAUUGGAGAGAAUCCUUAUGGCGGUUCUACUGGAAUCGAUGCUUCUUUCCGACCUUUAUAUGAUGUCUCACCAGACAAAAGCAAUUACGAUCCACAAUCAGAUUACCGAGGAACAAUUGGCCUGUCCUCAGUAUCCGUACUGGAGAAUAAUCCUACUUAUGCUGCUCAAACAUGGAGGCAACCUAAUCUUACUGGAACUCAGAAGCUGGCAAACGAGAUAGAACCUUCUAGAACGCAGAAUUCAUUCGUAAAAGGCACAGUGCUUAUGGAACAGCCAGAAGAUAAGAAGGAUGAUAAGGACGUUAACUACGUGGUGUUUCCUAAAGAUGAACCUAAACAACCAGUUGAGGAACACAUCGUUGUUAUAAACGAAGCUGAUGGCACUGUGCAUGAAAUAACACCUUCUUCCACAACGUUGAAACCUGUAAGGGUAGAUCCUCCAGUUUUAAAUGAAGAUCACCUGCCACAACUUUCGGAGAACUUGACUCCGCCGGCUGAACGACCAAAGUCGCCACCACAGUUCUAUUAUCAUUAUCAUCACGGAGGUACGAUAAGACCGGAUCAUCCAAGACCUCAAAGAUUGCCUUUGCCACCUCGUGGGAAACAACCACCGUCUCCUCCCCUUCCACCACCUCCUCCUCCUUCAGAAGCUAUGGGAAUAAGAAGACGUCCUUAUCCUCCCGAUUCUACUUUGCCAAACAUUCUACCACAAUUCCGUCCAAAUGCUAAAACGUCUCAUGGACACCGUGGAUCAGAGGCGAUUGGAACGAUUCCAGCUGGUCAAGGCUAUCCCACCAGAGUGAGACAGCCUGUUCAGUCUCAUCCUCCAACCAGAAGACCUCUACCACCACCACAUCCAUCUUAUCUUCAGAGAUUAAACCCUCCUCCUCCUCCAAUUCAUGCCGUUAGGCUUGCCGGCGCAGCUUCCGCGAAAGCUGAGAACAUAGUGCCUCCUCGAGACGUGGAAUCCACGGUCAAGAGGUUUCGCCUUCCAUCGAUACCAGCCACCUCCAGAGGGGAGGACGAUGUUAAACUGGCGCACCGUGUACCCACUCAGAAAUUGCGGUUGGAAGAGGAAGAACGGGCAGAACGUUACUCAGAGGAGCCGCCUCAGGUGCCGCCAAGACCUCCCUUAUUUCCUAAACGAAGAACUGCUGAUCCGCCACACGUAGCUACUCUUCAGAUGAUCCAACAACAUGGCGAAUUCGCGGAGGAUAUUACAGAACCAAAUUUGUCCUCUAUGGAUGAAAAUACAAAUGACGAGCCGGAUAGAAUAGUAACUGAGCAGAAUGCAGAUAGGAGAAAGUUUGACAGCCAUGAACCAAUAGCUGAGCCACCGGUUUACGUAGUCUAUCCUGUGAAUACUGCUGUGAAUAUUCAUCCUGACGAUUCCAGAGAGAAAGAUGAGAGCGUAGUUGUUGGAACGAGAGGACCACAUAGACCCCUUCCUCCAGAGACACUGCUUCAGGAUAAUGAGGAUCAAGAAAUGGAUGAAGAGCCAAGACCUUCUGUUCAUAACGUCUUUAAUGGACGGCCACUUGCCUCAGACUUUCCGUAUCCUCUGGAACGUCCUGACCCUUCCAUUCUUGUCAAUGGAAUGAGGGAAACGCCAUUAUUGGUGCCCAGCGAUCAGCGACAAGAAGAAGAUUCUAUGCAAGAAAAUACAGAAGAGAAGGACGAAAAAGAUUCCAGCGUGAACGUUAUACCAUACUUACAGGAUUUCGUGCCUUUCCCAGCAAGGAAGAAUGAGGUUAUCUCAGCUACUCUUCAUCGUUUGCCAACCUUGCCAUCUUCUACGCCAAUUGCUUAUGUUUAUACUCCAACAGCUCAAGCUUCUCAUCGUUUAGACAUAGAUAUGCGUGAUGAGGAUAAAUCUAAAACUGAAAAUAGUGAUCAGAAGCCCAUUCUGUUGCCUUCACAGCAACCCUCUAGUUCCUCCAGCUCUGCGCCCUCUCCACAGAACUUCAUGGCGCCGUUUGUAGCAAGUAUCAGUGCAGAAACACCUUCAAAGAACGGCUGGAGCGUUGUCGUGGUUGAACCUACCAUUAGUAGAAAAUCGGAUGACGAUUCUUCCGAGACCACUUCGAAUGCAGAAGAGUCUCAGACAGAAAAAACUGAAUUCGAUGCUGAGAACUUCAAACCACAGCUCUUCGGUGGAUUCAAACCGAUUUACGAAUUUCCUACGCAGAACGAAGACCGGUCAGAGCGUAAAGAAUCCAGCGAGUUGGAAACAGAAGUGAGCACGCAUUUUCAAGAGUCUGCCAAUUCGACAGUUUGAUGAAAGCAUGUGUUUAUCAUGUAGAAAUAUUAAUUGAGCGAAAAUAGGCUUCGUUUCGAGUAUUUCGUUAAUUACUAUUACGCUCCUCUUGGCAUUGCUGUCUUUCUGUAGAAUGAAAGAUUUGAACCAAUCUUAGUUGGAUUAUUGAAGUAAUGCUGAUUGGAACACUUGUUUUGAAAAGGGAAGUAAAGAUCUCGAAACUAUGUGCACUGGUGACUGGGACAAUUCAUUGUCUUCAUGGGGAGUUAAACUAUACAAGUCUGAAUAUUCACAUGAUCUUCGAUAAUUUUGGAUCAUUGAAUUCGAUGAGAAGGGUUGGAUGCAAUGGGGUGCAAGCGAUACAGUCCGAGUUAAAUA